UCCUAUACUUUUUACAAAGAUUUAAAACUAAGAGCAGCACUCAACAAAAAGGAAAGCUAAAUGAGUUUUUCAACGAAAAUGAGCAUGUGGUGGGGAAGUCUGAUCACCGGUACUGAAAGCCUUUUUGGCAAAAAGAAAAAACGCAUUAUUACUCAUGAAUACUUUGUGAGUCCAGCCCCAAUGCCUGAGUUUCAGAGGAGCGUCGCUUCAGUUGCUACAGUGGAACAUAUGGCUGAUGGGUACGAUAAUGAAGAACAAUAUGUAGCACAUGAAAGUGUUGUAGACAUGAAUUCCUCAGUAGAACGCCCAAAUCCUGGAUAGAAAAUAUCGAAGAAUUUCAUCAAAGCUAUGUGGAAUAUAUACUGUAAUCAUCAGAGAAAAUGGUAGAUUAUAUCAUGAGGUAAAAAAAAUAUGUUAGGAAUUUUAUUUCUUUUUGUGGCUAUUCAUGUAUAAUUUUCGCUCAUUGUUCUUAUCUCUUAUAUUGGUCAUCUAUGUUCCAAUUAUGUAAAGCUCUUUUUUCUCUCUAGGCAAAAAAAAAAAAUUCCUAAAAGCUGAAGGUUUACUCUCUUGUAUCUAAUUGUUUGAUUGUAAUUGCUAUUUAUUUUUUACCUUCAGCACUAAAUGCACUAAGCUUCAGCGGCUCUUUUGCUGCUGAAAUAGAUAAGCUAGGAGACCUUUCGCUGAGUUAUAGUGAGUAUCGUUAAGGGUAUUCUGUCAUUUAAUGUUUUUCUUACUUUUUACUUUAGCGGAUACGCGGACUGCGUAGCGCAUGUAU